GGAGGGUUUAAGCGUCUCUGUGGAGGUUCAGAAGAAGAGAGAGAAAUCCCAAACUAUCUUCGACAGCGAGCCAGGAAGCCGUAAGUUGCCUUCCAAGCCCUAUUUCAAAUCCUUGUGGAAUUCGCGAAGAAAAUGGAGGACGUUGUCUUUAUAGAGAAAGGAGAUCGAGCGGCGGACAAUUUCGAUCUCCUCACGAGCAAGAACUACGUGAAACUGUCAAAGGAUUCGGUAGAGAGGCUGCUGGAGGAAUUCAAAGGCGGCAGACGCAACUUUUCGGAAUUUAGAUUGGUUUUCGCUCGCUUGGUGCAGGCGAGAAUCGAUGCUCCUCUCGAAAUCGUCUGGUGCUUCGCUCUUUCGCAUUUGCAUGAGGUCGAUACCGCGGGAAUUUCGCUUUCUGAUCGAGUCUCCUUCGCCCGUAAGCUCUUUCAGACAAUCUCUUCGUGCACGACCUCUUCCUCCGGUGAGAAAAGCGCCGCAGCACUGGCUCCAUUGGUUUCUGAGAUAUUCGAAAUCGUCGUGGCGAUCUUUGUGGAGGGAUCAGGGGUGGUUUCUAGCAAGAGUGAGAAGAAAUCAGCAAGGAAAAUUCGGCAUUUGAUAGACGGAAUGUCUAAGUAUUUAAGCGCGUGCGACGUGAAUAAAGGGCACAAUUCCAUCGCUUUUCGCGAUCUGCUGGAGUUCAUUAGUGUCUGGAGUAUAAGUCGCUCACUGAGAAUGAGUGAAGCUUCUGAUGAGAAGGAUCAACUCGGGGCGUUCUUUCCGCUGGUUGGCGAUGAAAUUCUAAAAGGAAUUUUUGAAAAAGAAUGCGGAUUGGGAGUUCUGGCUGGACUUGUUAUGAGUGAGGUUUUCUUGCUUAGGUUAUGCUUGAAGAUCAUUGACCAGUUCCGCGGAAAGAAUGGGAUUGCAAAAGAUGCAUUGCGGAAGGAAUUGACGGGGUGGGCUGUUGGUAGCAUCAUGGGAUUCCGAAACUUGAAUUUUUUUGGGAUUCUCUUGAGGCAGCUGCUACUGCCAACCUUACCCGUCACCUCUUUAUUGGAUAUUGAGGAGCAAAAACUACUACGAAGAGUUCUUUAUGAUGCUGUAAUAUUACCUGAAUUUUCCUUCCUCAAGCCAGGGACAGUGGAUGAUGGUUCCGUUGGUUCCUUAGGGAGCUUCUUACUGACAAAAUUGGUUGUAACCCAUAAGGCAAUACAGCUGGCAAGGUCUGAGGAGGAUCAUGACAGGGCUGUUUCGUAUACAAAUGCAUUCUCCCGAUCAAAUCUUCCUACAAACUUGAUCAGCUGUAUCAGUAGUGCAGCAGGUGUUGAUAAAUCAACUGCGUCAGAUUUAUCAACCCCUCAAGGACUUCUCAAGUGGCUUUUCAAUCUGGAGGACAAAGGUUUGAGAGAGUUUGUUGAGAACAUGUCAAGGCUUGGGUUUGACAUGGCGAUGGAUAAAGAACAGUCAGUUCCCAUGCAUCAGACUCACGAUCAGGAACCAGAGCAUGAUGCUGAUCUUUUCUAUAUCGAUGUUGAGAAGGAAGAGAAACCUGUUGUUCAGGAUGCUGAAACGGCUUCCAUUCAGUUUGUGACUGCUUCUCGGGGAAAGAAUUUUGCCAAAAACAAGGGUAGAAAAAGAAAGGAUAUCAUAGUGCAUGGAAAAACAAAAGUGAAAUUUCAGAAGUAUGAGAUCGAUGAUGACUCUGUGGGGCACAAGUCUCCUAUUCACAUGGAUGAUAGUUCUGAUGGUGGUGAGGUAGAGAAUCCAUCUUCUGAUGAAGAUGCAAAUUAGACAGAGGAAUGAGAUACACUGAAAUUUCUCUUGAAUUUCUCAUCAGAAGAAGAAUGAGAAUAUGCAUUCCCGAACGUGCGCAACUACAGACUCGAGAUUCUCGACAACGCGGACCUUCCCUCCAAUGAAACGUCAAAUUGGGCAGUGGAGUACCAGUCAUAUUGAUGAUGCAAGCUUUUGAAAAUGGAGUCAAUUUUUGCGAGUUAAGGACGUGAAUUGUCGGGGUUAUCAGGGCCUACUAUUUUAUGAAUGAGAGCAGUAAUUUCCUGGGAAUUCUAGGAGAUCUGUAUAUGUUGCAGAUGGAUUUGAAUCUUCCGCGUUGUUAAUUGCAUUCUUUAAACCAUGUAUGGAUGAAAUGUUUGGCAUGACCAGCUGGUUACGUCUAUGCUUGAAUUUUGUAUUUCAUGAAUUUUACAAGCCUUUUAAGACAAUUGAAAACAAGAAAAUUACGGUUCUGUA